UAGCAAUCUAGUUACUAGGAAACUAACAUGGGACUGGACUAUUAUAAUAUACUUGAAAUCAGCAAGUCAGCGAAAGACGCUGAAAUAAAGAAAGCAUAUCGAAAACUGGGACCUAUAUUUCAUCCUGAAAGGAACAAGGGGGAUCUUCUUGCUGCCGAACGUUUCAAUAACAUUUGUGAAAGUUACGAUGUUCUUUCCGACGCUCGUAAAAAAGCAAUUUAUGAUCAAUUUGGGGAAGAAGGACUUAAAAGCGGAGUUCCAAUCUCUUCAAAUCCAGCAGGUGCAUGGACUCAAGGAUAUACUUAUCACGGAAACAGUAAAAAAGUAUUUCAUGAUUUCUUCGGUGGCGACAAUCCAUUUUCGGAAUAUUUCGACCAGGCAGAUGGAGAUAUGGUGAUGGGCUUUGGUGGAUUAUAUGGGCGCAGCGCAAAAACUCAGGACGAUUCGAUUGUGAACGAUUUGCCGCUUACACUUGAAGAAAUGUACUUUGGAUGUGUAAAGAAAAUGAAGAUAUCGCGAAGAGUAUUGGCCAAUAGUCCUUUUUUAAGGUUUUGAAUGAGGAUGGAUAUACUUCAGCCAUGAGAGAAAAAAUCCUCACAAUCAAUGUAAAGCCUGGAUGGUCU